AUGGCACUCUGUCGAUUGCGUGUUCUGCUGACAUCACUGCCCUCUUUACUCCUUAUUUCCAUUAGCUUCCUGCUUUCUUGCAACCAUCAGCAGCUUAAUCAUACUGCCUCCCUUUCAAAACGCUGGGGCAACCGAAUAUCCAGUUGUGGCUUUAGCCUUACCUUCAAGACGCCUUCAAUGCCUCCCGUCACUGCUGGUAGUCUUGAAACCCUAAAUAUAAACCCAAAACUGCUCAUAUUUGCCUAG